UAUAGUAUUAUAGCUAGAAAUUGAUAUAAAUAUAGAAAUAAUAUAAAAAAUAUAAUGGCACCUCCAGCUAAGAUGGGGUCUAUAGAUAGACCAGGGACUGAAAAGUUCGAAAGGAGUGCUAGUGUGAUAGCCAAAAAGAAGAAAGGAAAAUAUUCCAAGGAUAAGAAAUUGAAUGCCAAUUUAAGAAAGAUAGAUCAUCAAUAUAAAGAAGCCCUUAGAUCAGCAGCAGGAACUGAUUUAUUACUUACUGAAGAUGUAGGGUUUUUGGAAGCUGAUUCUGCUAUGGAAAAGACAUUUAAAUUCAAACAAAAUGAUAUAGAAGAAGUCUUGGAUGAACAAACUGUGAAUAAGAAAUUUGAAUUAAAUUUACCAAAAUUGGGCCCAUAUCAAAUUGAUUAUAGUAGAAAUGGUCGUGAUUUACUUUUAGGAGGGAUAAAAGGUCAUGUGGCAUCUAUAGAUUGGAGAAAAGGAAGUAUGAAUUGUGAACUAUUCCUUAAUGAAACCGUUCAUGCUGUUAAAUAUUUACAUAAUAAUCAAUAUUUUGCAGUGGCUCAAAAGAAAUAUACUUAUAUUUAUGAUAAUCAAGGUACAGAAUUACAUCGAUUAAAACAACAUGUUGAUAGUACAUUAUUGGACUUUUUACCAUAUCAUUUCUUAUUAACUACCGCCGGAAAUACGGGAUUUCUUAAAUAUCAUGAUGUAUCAACUGGUCAAUUAGUAUCUGAAUUAAGAACCAAAUUAGGUCCAACUCAAGCAUUAAAACAAAAUCCAUGGAAUGCCGUCAUGCAUCUUGGUCAUUCAAAUGGUACUGUAUCAUUAUGGGCUCCAAAUAUGUCUACUCCAUUAGCCAAAAUAUUAUCUGCUCGUGGUCCAAUAACUGAUUUAGCAAUUGAUAGAGAAGGAAAAUAUAUGGUUGUAAGUGGAGCUGAUAAAUCAAUGAAAGUUUGGGAUUUAAGAAAAUUAAAAGAAUUAGAUCAUUAUUAUACUCCAACUCCUGCCAAAUCAUUAGAUAUUUCUGAUACGGGUUUAAUAAGUGUAAGUUGGGGACCUCAUAUAACGGUUUGGAAAGAUAUUUUCAAAUCUAAACAAUCAGAACCAUAUAUGAAUCAUUUAAUACCAUCAUCAAAAGUUGAACGAGCAAAAUUUGUCCCAUUUGAAGAUAUAUUAGGUGUAGGACAUUCAAAAGGGUUUAGUUCAUUAGUUAUCCCAGGUGCGGGUGAAGCUAAUUAUGAUGCUCUUGAAAUCAAUCCAUAUGAAUCAGUUAAACAAAGACAACAAGGUGAAGUUAGAUCCUUGAUGAAUAAAUUAUCGCCUGAUACUAUUUCAUUAGAUCCAAAUGUGAUAGGUACAGUUGAUAAAAGAGCUAGUAGUAUACGAUUAAAACCAGGUCAAAUUACAGAAAUUUCAGAUAUGAGUGAAAAGGAUCAAGAUAAAUUAAAUAAAAUGGAAAUUAGACCUGAUGUUAGUGCUAAGAAUUCCGCAUUAAGAAGACAUUUACGUAAGAAGACUCAAAAUGUCAUAGAUCAAAGAAGAUUAAGAAUUGAAAGAAAUUUGAAAUUAGAAAAAGAAUUAAGAGUAAAGAAAUAUAGACAAGAUAGAGGUUUACCAGAAGAAAAAGAUUUAUUAGGUCCUGCUUUAGCAAGAUUUAAAUAAUUAUAUAAUAUGUACAUACAUA